UGAAUACUAUAGUCACCUCUGCUGCUUCCCUCAGAUCCCAAAACAGAACUGGCUCUUAGGCCACUUGGGCAUGGUCUGGCUUCCCUACUUUGGUGCACCUGUGAGUGGCUCCCAUGUUGGGUUAAAUAGAGUGAGAAGCCUUUGUUUUCCCACGUUCUCCACUGCUCGAAUUGAUGUCCAGGGUCUACUCCCUGGCUGGACCAUGUCUUUGUGUCAACUCAUCUCUAGUUUUCAGGCUGUUCACAGGAAUGAAACUUGAUCUUUCCACACAUCACAAGGACACAGCUGGGCCCCCAGAAGAUAGGUAUAGACUGACUCCUCUGCUUCCACUCCUGGGAUACCUUUCUCUUAUCUUGCUCUUCUCGCCAAGAUGCCUCAAUGAGCCUUCUUGCCCAAUCUGGAUAAAAACUUAACUCCUCAAGUCUUUUAUUAGUCUUCCUUAACCUCAUCCUUAAGGGAACAUUUUGACCUUUGACUUAGACCUGUUACCCUCUGGAGUGACAGGAUUUCAUUUUCUUCACUUAUAAAGGGACAGUUGAGGAGCCUAGGUUCAGUGAGAUCUUGAACCUCAGAUGCUCUGUUUCAGAGUCUGAUGGGCAGCAGGUGUUCAUAGGUGGGAGCUGCCACCCUAAUGGAGAGUUGGAGGUCACCUCUGUUCUCCUGGGGUCUGGAAGGUUCAUGGUAUGAGGAAGCUUCUCCCUGGGAAGAACUGGCUGUGGUGUGGACCAAUCAGGACAUGAAAGGAUGUGGGCUAAACCUUAGAACAAGUCCCGAGGCCACACUGCUGCCCAUAAUCUCUCUCCUGAUUUUGCCCUCCCCUGUGUCUGCACCUUGGGCUAGAACUCCUUGCGGCAGGAGAAAAUUCUUCUCAAUCCAAGAUGGAUAUCAUUGUGUGCAGACAGUUUUACUUCUCCAUGUACCCUGGGAUGUACCACUGGAAGUUGGAGAUGGUCCUGAGAGCAAAAGAACAAAAGGAGGCAGAGGGUCUUUCCAUCCUUAGAAAAUCUGGACAUAUGUUUGCCAUAGAUGUUGCAUCAUCUUGACAAGGCGAAGGAGGGAAUUGCUAUGGCUCCUGGGAUUGGUUAUUAGUCAGGGUUCUACAGUGAAACAGAACCAAAGGGAAUACACAUUGUCAUGCAUCACUUAAUGAUGUUGACACCAUCUGAGAAAUCAUUGUGGGGUGAUUGUUCUCCUUGUGCUGACAUAAUAGAGUGUGUCUCACACACACCUAGAUGGUAUAGCCUAUUACACAUCCAGGCUAAGUGAUACAACCUAUUGCUCCUUGUAUAAAGCUGUACAAUAUGCUACUGUUCUGAAUAUUAUAGUCAAUGUAACACAAUAUUUGUGUAUCUAAAAGUAUCUAAACUUAUAAAAUAUACAACAAAAAUCGCUUCUUGGCCUUUUGGCUAAGAUCAAGUGUAAUGUACACCAAAAAUACUAGAUAGUAAGGAAUUUCUCAGCUCCAUUGCAAUCUUAUGAGACCGCCUUCAUAUGGACAAAAACAUCAUUAAGUAGCAUACGACUGCAUAUAGAGUCAAACACACACAUGUACACACACAUACAUAUAGACAGAUACACACAUAUCUACAAACCUGAGAGAGACAGAGACAGAGAAAGAAAGGGGAAGAGAGAGAGAGAAUUUAUUAUAGUUUUUAGCUCAUGUAAUUAUGGAGACUGAGAAGCCCUGCAGUAUGCUAUCUGCAAGCUGGAAAACCAGGGAAGCUGAUCAUGUAAUUCAUUUAGUCUGAGUCCACAGGCCUGAGAAGCAGGAGUGUGUGGAGAUGCUGUAUGUCCCAGAGUCUGGAAGUUUGAGGGCCUGCAGUUCUGAUGUCUGAGGAUAGAGAAAAUGGAUAUUCCAGCCCCAAUGGAGGGAAUGCAUUUGCCUUUCUGCUGGAUUUUUUUUUUAUUGGGACCCUCAGUGUAUUUGAUGAUGUCCUCCACACUGGAGGAGGCUGGAUCCUUCCUCCGUCUCUGCGUACAAACUUUAAUGCGUUCUGGAAACACCAUCACGGGCAGCCCAGGAACCAUGUCUCACCAGCUCUCCAGCUCUCCAGCUGCUCUCCAUUCAAGUUGACACCAGAAAUGAACCAUCUCAGGUGCUGAAUACCAGUGUCUUGCAUGCAGGUGCCUCUCACGGAGCAGAAUUUGAAGGAUGUAGCUCGUUUGGUUGCCACUUACCCCCAGGGCUUUAUGAUGUGGAUGGGCCCCAUGCUGCCCAUCAUCACCUUGUGCCACCCUGACAACAUCCAGUGUGUCCUCAGUGCCUCAGCUGAAGUUGCGGUCAAGGACGUCUUUGCCUACAACUUCCUGAAACCCUGGCUGGGGGAUGGACUCUUACUGAUUUCUGGUCACAAGUGGAGCCACCGCCGUUGUGUGCUGACACCCUCCUUCCAUUUCAACGUCCUGAAGCCCUAUGUGAAGAUUUUCUGUGCCUGCACAAAUGUCAUGCUUGCCAAGUGGCAGUGCCUGGCCUUGGAGGGCAGCGCCCGUCUGAACAUGUUUGAGCACAUCAGCCUGAUGACCUUGGACAGUCUUCAGAAAUCUAUAUUCUGCUUCAUUGACAACGGUCAGAACAAUUGGAAGCGAUAUAUUCUCACCAUCUCGGAGCUCAGCGCCCUUGUGACAGAAAGGAUCAAUCAGCCCCACCUGCACAGUGACUCCCUGUACAACCUCACUCAUGAUGGGAAGCGCUUCCAGGAGAUCUGCCGCCUGUUACUGAGUUUCACAGAUACUGUCAUUUUAGAACGGUGUCUCACUUUACAUAAUCUCAAGAUCAAAACUUUGAACUUCAUUGACAUGUUUCUGCUGUCUGAGGAUGAAGAUGGAAAGGAAAUGUCACUUAAAGCCAUAAGAGGAGAGAUUGCCACUUUUAUGUUUAAGGGCUAUGAAACUACGGCCAGUGGUCUCUCCUGGGCCCUGUACAACCUGGCCCGGCACCCAGAAUACCAGGAGCGCUGCCGGCAGGAGGUGCGAGAGCUCCUGAGAGGCCGUGAGCCUGAAGAGAUCGAGUGGGAGGACCUGGCCCAGCUGCCCUUCCUGACCAUGUGCAUCAAGGAGAGUCUGCGCCUGCACCCCCCGGUCACUGGCAUCUCCCGCUGCUGCACUCAGGACGUUGUGCUCCCGAAUGGCUGGGUCAUCCCCAAAGGUGUUACCUGCCUCAUCAGUAUUUUCGGGCUGCAUCACAACCCAGCUGUGUGGCCGGACCCUGAGGUCUAUGACCCCUUCCGCUUUGACCCAGAGAACAGCAAGGACAGGUCACCUCUGGCUUUUAUUCCCUUCUCUGCGGGGCCCAGGAACUGCAUCGGGCAGACCUUCGCCAUGGCCGAGAUGAAGGUGGCGCUCGCGCUGACUCUGCUGCGCUUCCGCGUCCUGCCCGACAACAAGGACACCGAGCCGCUCCGGAAGCCGGAGCUGAUCCUGCGGGCAGAGGGCGGGCUCUGGUUGCGGGUGGAGCCGCUGAGCGCGAGCGAGCGGAAAGCCCAGUGGUCUGGGACCCCGCUAACCCCACUAACCUUUGGAGUCGCUCAGGAAUAAACUGCUCUGUCACCUGUG